AUGAGGUUCCUUCUCUUCGCCCCAAGCUUUCUCCCCUCCCUUGUUUCGGCCGUGACCAUCUCCGCGAUUAAUGGUCCCGCCUUCAGGUCUCCCUACGAGAACCAGAGUGUGACCAACGUCACCGGUCUAGUCACUGCAGUUGGCCCCUCUGGUUUCUUCCUGCGUGAUACCACGCCUGAUAGAGAUGUCCGUACUUCGAAUUCGGUAUAUGUGUUCACUACAUCCGCCACUAUCAGAGGAAGCGUCGCAGCGGGGGAUAUCGUCACGAUUGACGGCAAGGUUUCGGAGUACCGAUCCAGCAAGGACUACUUAUACCUUACUGAGAUCACAUCGCCGACAAACGUGCGAAAGAUCUCAUCGGGGAAUGCGGUCAAACCAGUAGUCCUGGGUGUAGAUAGGUCUCCACCGGCGUACCGGUACUCUGCGCUUGAUGAUAACGAUGUUUUCGGUGUUCCAAACAAUAGAACCUUGGUGUCCGUGGUCAAUGCCACACUCCAGCAGGAUAAGUAUGGAUUGGACUUCUGGGAAAGCUUGAGCGGGGAGCUAGUGUCUGUAAAAACACCAGUAGCACUAUCAAUGCCAAAUAACUAUGGCGAUGUCUGGGUUCGUGGGAGCUACAGAGUUACAGGAAAGAACUCACGAGGCGGGUUAACAAUUGUGCCCGGCAUUGGCGCAGAUGCGAACCCUGAAGCCAUCCUGAUCGGUGACCCUCUAGACGGCACUGACAACGCCGCCACAAAGCUCGGGGAUGACCUCGGCGACAUCACAGGUGUCAUAACCUACGCCUUUGGCUUCUACCGCAUCCUCCCGCUCACCGCCCUUAGUGUCAAGUCUAACGCUCUCCCACUACUUCCCCCGCCCACAACCCUCACAUCCACCGGCGCCUGCUCAGGCCUUACAUUCGGCUCCUAUAAUGUCGAGAACCUUACACCAAACUCUACACACCUCCCUCUCGUCGCAGAGCAUAUUGCAACAUACCUAAAUACCCCCGACUUUGUCUUCCUGCAAGAAGUUCAAGACAAUGACGGUGCCACAAAUUCCACCGUGGUUUCCGCAAACAUCACUCUACAAACCCUCGCCGAUGCAAUUGAGGCGAUUUCUGGUGUAGAAUACAGUUAUCUCACCAUUGACCCCGUCGACGACAAAGAUGGCGGUCAACCAGGAGGAAAUAUCCGUGUGGCAUACUUCUACAAGCAUGACCUCUUCUCCCUCCGCAACCCUAACCCUGGCUCAGGCUCCGAAAGGAUCGAGGUCCUCCCCGGCGGCGAGUUAAACUUCAAUCCUGGCCGUAUCGACCCUGAAAACGAGGCGUGGACAAACUCAAGGAAGCCACUGGUGGCAGCAUUCGAUACUGUGGGAGGAGAGACAGUAUAUGCAAUCAAUGUGCACUUUGGCUCUAAGGGCGGGUCGUCGUCGCUGUACGGUGAUGCUCGGCCGCCGGUAAAUGGUGGUGUGGACGACCGCCAGAAGCAGGCGGAACUUGUGGCGGGGUUCAUUCAGGAGUUACAGGCUGAGAACGAAGGUGCACUCGUAGUCGCCGCAGGGGACUUCAAUGAGUUCAGUUAUGUGAGCCCCAUGAAGGCUUUUAAAGAUAUUGCCUGGGACUUGGAUGAGGUUGUGAGCAUACCGGUUGAGGAGAGGUAUACAUAUCUGUAUGAUAUGAACUGCCAGCAGUUGGAUCACAUGCUAGUCAGUAGACCAUUGAAGAAGGGCGCGAAGUACGAACAUGUGCACAUCAAUACAUGGAAUACGAAGGCUGCACAGGUCUCGGACCAUGACCCAAGUGUAGCCAUGUUAAACACUUGUAAGAGGUAG